UGGCAACUUGUAUUGUUCGACGUCUUCCCAAGACAGUGGCAACUUUGCGGUUUCCAACUCGGGGAAAGUCCUUUAAUAGUUGUCUUUCAUCGUUUCGCUUUUACAUUUUACCGGCAAAGUUUGUCGGUAGUAAUGUCGGCACGUGAAGAGGAUUUAGAAAAAUAAUUAAUAGGUUAACAUUGCGUCAAACGAAGCUAACUGUUGAGCACCAGUGUUGGUGUGUGACAACUGGAGAUGGGAGAUCCGGAGCCUCCAGUGUUUGGGUCCCUGGAGGAAGAGCUGGAGUACUGGAAGGAACAGGCUGCCAGGCACCAACAGAGUGCAGAGGAGGCCCAGGAGGAACUGCAGGAGUUUCAGCAGAUGAGUCGGGACUAUGAGGUGGAGCUGGAGACGGAGCUGAAACAGUGUGAGGCACGAAACCGUGAGCUUCUUGCUGCCAACAACCGCCUCCGCAUGGAACUGGAAAACUACAAGGAGAAGUAUGAGACUCAGCACUCGGAGGCCUUCCGGCAGAUCUCCAGCCUGGAGGGAGACCUGGCUGAGACCACAGCCAUCAGAGACCAGCUUCACAAAUACAUCAGAGAGCUGGAGCAGGCCAACGAUGACCUGGAGAGGACCAAGAGGGCAACCAUCAUGUCACUGGAGGACUUUGAGCAGAGGAUGAACCAGGUUAUAGAGAGGAACGCCUUCCUGGAGAGCGAGCUGGACGAGAAGGAGAAUCUCCUGGAGUCUGUCCAGAGGCUGAAGGACGAGGCCAGAGACCUGAGACAGGAACUCGCGGUGCAGCAGAAACAGCAGGUACAGGACAGGAAGCCGUCCCUCAGCAGUGCAGUCAAAGAGCCUUCGUCUUCGUCUUCGGCUGGUUUUCCCACCCCGCCCCUCACCCCUCCAGUCAAAAGAACCGAGGAAAAAAACACUCCUGCGUCCUCUAACCAGCCGGUCCCAUCUGCCGCCACACCACGAAGACCUCCAGGCUCAGCAGAGUCCUUCACCACUCCACUGACCCCCAUCAGCAGAGGUGAAAGCCUCCCUGGGACUCCCCUCACCACGUCGGCCAGGAUCUCGGCUCUGAACAUUGUUGGAGAGCUGCUGAGAAAAGUCGGGAACCUGGAGUCUAAGCUAGCGUCCUGUCGGGAAUACGUCCACGAGCAGACAGCGAACCGCAGAGGCCACGCUGGUGGACAGGGGGCGGCGUCGGGCCAGAACAACUCCUCCGAGACCCAUCCUACUAAUGGCUUCUACAACAAGGGGUGAGAUGCUCUGUACCUGUACAGCAGGCUGGUGAAGAGGUUAGACUUCGGAGGGGGACCCAAGCUGCUGCUGUGAAAGUGGAAACGUCCUCCGCCUCCAUCUUUAAUCCUCCUCUGAGCUGCUCGUUUCUUCCUGUCCUG